AUGAAGGCGGCGAGCGGCGCGGGCGCGCGCGUGGCGGGGCCGGCCUCGCUGCGCCCUGGCCGGCCUCUCCGAAGCUCUGCGCGCGCCCCGGAUGCCUGUGCGCGCCGCGCGGUGCGCGCGGCGCCUCGGUUGCGGCGCCCGGACCUGGGCUGCAAGUCGUCGUCCGACCGCGCAGCGGAGCGGGCGAACGGGAUCGCCGAGCCGCGUUCCGGGUUCUCUGCGCUAUGGAAGAAGUACGAGGAGGUCCUCGAGGCGUACCCCAUCCGAACGAAGGCCGUCACGACGACGGUUGGCAUGGGUCUCGGCGACCUUAUCGCGCAAAUCCCACUAGGCGUGUUCGACCCUCUGCGAUUCCUGCGCCAGGCGCUCUUCGGGCUGGUCCUGAGCGGCCCCAUCGGACACUUCUGGUACCUCUGGCUCGAUAAGACGGUGAUGCCCGAGCGGCCGCAGGAGGGCCCCGUCGUGGCCCUGAAGGUCGCCCUGGACCAGUUCCUGUGGAGCCCGGCCUUCACGUGCGUUUUCUACUCUUGGUUUUGUAUCUUCACUGGACAGGCGGACCAGAUCGUCCCCACCAUCCAAAGCAAGCUCCUCCCGACCAUGCUCGCGAACUGGACGCUCUGGCCCAUCGCGCACGUCAUCAACUUCAAGUUCGUGCCGUCGAACCAGAGGAUGCUGUACGUCAACGUCGUGAACGUGCUUUGGAACGUGUACCUGUCGACGGUGGCCAACUCUCCGGACCUCGGCGACGUCGCGCACAAGGUCUGCGUCACCGUCACGCACAACCACUGCCCCUUCUGA